AUGGGAAACGAACAGACCAUAAAAAAGAUAGUCCCACCAAAAGAAAUUUUUGAGCAGAUUUGUUAAAAAUAAGAAUCUAAGUAAAAUCCACUCAUCUUCUCAUCUAAAAUUUUCUGCGAUAUUUUUUAAGAGCUAGAGGCUAAAGGAUAUAUUUUAACCUCAUUCAUAGGCUAAGUAGGAUUAGGUACAAUUUUUGAAGCAUAAAAAGGAAAUGAGUUCUUUGCAAUAAAAUGCCUAAUCACACAUAACCCAGAUGAUAUCUAAAAAGAAAUAAAUCUUCUGAAUUAAUUUAAAAUGAAUUCUAGUUAUUUUCAAACCUUCAAGGAAGGAUUUUAUUCUGAAAAAUGUCAUAUCUAUUUCUACAUUGCAGAGAAAUUAUCAUGUAAUUUGCAAAAGGUUUAAGAAACAUAUUUAUCUAACAAUUAAUAACUGUGCUAUUAUUCUAUUUUGGCAAUAGCAAUUUAGAUAUCAAAAGGUCUUUGCAUUUUAGAAGAAAAUAAUAUUUAUCAUAAUGAAGUUAUACCAGAAAAUAUUAUGUAUGAUAGUAAGUUAAAGACAUUCAAGCUAGGUGAUGUAGGUAUUUCUUAAAUAAAAAAGAAUAUAGUAAUCUAAUAGACUCAUAGAGAAAUUCACAAAUAUUUUGCCCCAGAAAAAGUAAAGCAAAUAAAAGAGAUAUCUUUAUAAAGUGAUAUUUAUAGUCUUGGAUUAAUUUUAGUUGAACUUACUUGUGGAAGGUUCUUAACAGUUGAAGAAACCGAUUUAAUCAGAAAAGGUUUUUUGGAACAAUAUUUGAAUCAAGAAGAAUCAUUCAAAGAUCUGAAUUAAUUAAUUAAAUAGAUGCUGUGUAUAAAUAAAGCUAAUAGAUUUAAACCUAGGGAGCUUGAAGAAUAAUUAUAUUCUUUGUAAAGAAUUGAGGAAAUAAAAUUUUAAAGUGUUUUAUCUAAGAAAUAGAAAAUACCUAAACUUUAAUAAAUCAAACUUUUGUAGUAGUUAUAAAAAUCUUUUUAAGAAGUAGAUAUUAAUAUUAAAGACUAGCCAGAAUAACUAGGCCUUUCAGUAGAGAAAUCCUUUAAAGAAAUCAAUUUAGAGAUACAAAAUUUCGAAUAACAGCUUGUAUACAGAUUAUGCAUAAACGCAGCUGAAAACUAAAUUGGGCAAGAUGGGGCUAAUAAAAUUGGUUAAAUAUUACAAAGAUGCUAAUAUCUUACUAAUUUAAGUCUCAACUUAUAAAACAACUCGCUAAAUGCAGAAGCAGCUAAAGUUAUUAGUUCAAACUUGUAAAAUUUGAAUAAUUUGAUUAACUUGAAACUAAAUUACAAUAUGAAUUCUAUAAAAUCUGAAGGAGUCAAUAGCAUUUUUAAAAUGCUAUCGUGUUAUAAGAAUCUGAAUAUUUUAAACGUUGAAUUGGAAUAAAACUCAAUUGGAGCAGAUGCUACUAAAAGUAUUUCUGAAUUUCUAGAAAAAUGUUAAAACUUACGUAAGCUAAAUCUAAGUUUGCAUAACAACUAAAUCGGAGUAGAUGGAGCAAAAAAUCUUGCUUAAGGCUUAGAAAACUGUAAAACAAUAACAAAGUUAGGACUUAACCUCUUUUUCAAUUAGAUUCAAAGAGAAGGUGCCUAAUUUAUAUGUAGUAGCCUUGAAAAAUGCUAUAAUAUGAUAGAAUUAAACUUGGACCUAGGAGAUAACUCUAUUGGAUUGGAAGGAGCUAAAAAUAUUGGCUAUAGCAUAGAGAGAUGCUUCAGUAUUUAAACGUUAUUUCUAAAUUUAUUAUUAAAUGAUAUUGGCGAUGAAGGAGCUAAAAGCAUUGGAAGAAGCUUUGAGAGAUGCAAAAAUAUUACAAGUUUAAAUCUUGACUUAAGUGGAAAUCAAAUUGGAGAAAAUGGAGAAUAAAUUAUUUCUAAAUGCUUAUCUUAAUGCUAAUGGAUUAAAACAUUAAAAAUAUAUGUUUGA